AUGACAGCAGUACAAGCACCCGUCUCCGCCCUUACUGACUCCUUCAAGGACCUUAGUGUUAACGCGCCACUUGCCGGCUAUUCCAUCGGGGUCGACUCCCAGAAGAGGGCGCAUCAGAAGAAGCUCCUUUCCGAGGCUGAGAAGAAGGCAAAGAUCUAUGAGACGUCAUACGAGCCUUCCCUCGACUGGUGGACCGCCGACCAGAAGGCUUACGUCAAGCCUGAGAACGACCCUCUCCCUGAAGGUUUCCCAGAGCAGGACCAUGCUGCUAGUGACUGGGACGGCCGAGUGUUGAUCAACCAACCCGAAAAGUUCCUCUACAAGUUCACCCCUGAGGAUAUUGCCCUCAUCAACAAAGCCCACGACCACUUCAUCUCUCUCCACCUCCACAACAACCACAUUUCCCGCUCCACCUUCCCCAUCCCGGAAGACUCCACCCUCUACAAGGCCCUGCGCAAUGCCGAGCACGAGAUCAAUCAUGGGCUCGGCUUGCGAGUGCUAAGGGGCUUGCCGGUGGAUGAGUGGACGAGGGAGAAGCAGUUGGCGGUGUUUGCCGGUGUUUCGAGUUAUAUCUCGGAGAAGAGGAUUAAGCAGGGGUUGCAGAAUGUUGUCCAUCUUCGGUGGGUUUUGUUUUUGUUGUCUUCCGUCAAGGGCCAGACUUCCGGCAACCAAGUCUACCACAACGACGGCUCUGCCGGCAUCAUCGGCCUCAUCACGCUUGGCGUUGCCGAAACCGGCGGUCUUUCCCAGCUCGCGUCGGUGGCGCAUACUUAUAACGAGCUGGCAAGGACGAGGAGGGAUAUCGUGCGCGAGCUGGCAAAGGAUGAUUGGGUGAACAAGCAGUAUCCUGACGGCAAACCCCUCUUCUUCACCCACAACAACCGCGUCAUCUCAUCCUACUCCCGCCGCCCCUUCUUUGGUUUCUACGAAGCCGACGCCGAUGUGCCUCCCCUCCCUACGGAGAAGCAUCUGGCGUUGGAUGCGGUGCAUUUUACGGCAGAGAAGUUUGGGUUGGACUUGGAUUUGGAAAAGGGGGAUUUGGAGUAUUUUAACAAUUUGACUGUUUUCCAUGCACGAACAUCAUCCUCCGACUCUCCCACAAACGCCCGACACCUAGUGCGUAUCUGGCUCCAGAACCCCUCGUUCUACGCUUCCAGCAUCCCGCCCCAGCUCGCUGCGCUGUAUGACAGGAUCAAUGAGGGGGAGGCGCAUGGGUGGCCGCUGGAAGCUUGGGACAGUGCGGAUCCGUAUCAUGAGUUUAAGGAUGCUGAGAGGAAGGGGAAGGAGGGGGAGGAGGAAGGGAAAGAGGGUGGGGUCGGGAAGCCUGUUAUUGCUGGGAAUGCUGUUUAUUGA